CCCAACAAUAAAUCUAAGACAAACAAACAACUCCUACUCACCUACUGACCGCCAUUAACGAACCAGACUCCUCAAAUGGCGCUUUUCAUCUACUCAUCGCCGCGCCUUCUUUCCUACUCACCUCUCGUUCACACCCUAUCCAGAUCAGCGCCGCCGCCCGCUUCCAUAAUUAGAAGCUUCUCCGCCGCCGACGACCCAUCUGAGCCUUCUUCCUCUAGCAGCAAAUCAGCAUCAUCUGGCCAAGGAUUUGGGUCGUCUUCCUCGAUUUCAUCUGCCAAACCUAAGCAGAAAGGAAAAGGGGGAGAGAGGGAAUCGAUAAUUCGUCGGUCUCCGGUUGAAAACCCUCGGUUUGUUUCCCGGCAGGAAGAAGUUCAGGCGGAGGAGAUGUUAAAAAAUGAGAGUGCUUUCCUUCUGGGUUGGUUAGGACUUGGCGGAAUUAUACUUGUUGAAGGACUUACUCUUGCUACAUCUGGAUUUCUACCAGAGGAGUGGGAUAAGCUCAUUGUGAAGUACCUUUACCCAUUAUUUACACCCACUGUUUUCUUGUUUGUUGCUGGAACUGUUUCUUAUGGAGUCUUGAAGUAUCUGCAGAAUGAAAAUCUGAAAAAGUUGAAAUGAAUGAUUGAAACGAUUCUUGUAUAAGGGCAUUUGUGAGUAAUGUGACAAAUUCUUCAUGCUUAGAUUUCUGAUAUCGAUUUGGUGGUGCAAUAGUAAGCUUUGUUAUCAUUGUAAAUAGCUGAUAAUGAGAUGUUCAAGUUCUUGAA